ACCUCCACACACAUAACUUUUGUCCUUCUUGUUACAUGCGAUUUAUCUCUCCUCAUAACCGUGAUAUGGGUAUGGUCAUAUACCGUAGUAACCUUUUACUUCUUAAUUUCUCUACCACUAAUUCCUCUAAUAUACCCAUGUCGUAACUUACUUAACAUUAUCUUGGAAAAUAAAAUAAAUAACUUUCAAUGUUUUAAAAUGUCACAUAUAAAAUGACAUAUGACUCUGACAUUGACAAAUAACUAACCAAAAAAAAAACAAAUUAUAGUUUGGUUUCGUUUACGUUUACUUUAGUAACAAAGUUAUUUAAAUAUUCUUUAAUUAUAUUAUUAAGGAAUGAUUCAGAUAAUUUGAUUUUUAGUGAUAGUUAGGUUUCUAUAAAUUCUAAUCUGAUAAAUAACAAAUGAUGGCGAACUCAAUAUGGCUUAAGUUAUGUACCUUACGUCAUGCACCGGCAGCGUUUCUACAACCGUAUCGUACAACUACGAAUAAACAUUUCAAUCCGAAAUUUAAGAAGGAAAGGGCAGCUAAAUACUUGAAGGUGGAUCUGCCAAAUAUGAAUGAAGAUACGGAAGAUAUGACUCCGGAGAAAAUGCGUCAGAAAAUGAAGGAGAGAGGAGUGUUACCACCACGACCUUGGAUGGAGCGUCCGUUUUAUAUUUCUGCCACUGGAGGUAUAUUUGAGGCAUAUGUCCCUCCAGAGGGUGAUGGAAAAGCAUCAAUAGUGUCCGCAACAAGAGCAAAACAAACUGUACAACUCCUUGAAAAGAAAUCAAGAUCAAUGAUGGCGGUCCGCAAGAUUAAAUCAUACGAAGAAGAUUUUAACACUAACGAAUUUUGCAGUCAGGCGCAGAAUAUAUACAUCAAAGCUCAUGAGAGUCUUGCUAACAAUGAUAAAGCUUCCUUAAGGUUGUAUGUAACGGAGAAGGCAUACCCUGAGUUCAGACACAACACUUGGGAGAAGACAAUACAUUGGAAGUUCUUGGAGUCUCUGGAACCUCCGCGGGUGGUGCAUGCUCGCUGUACCGAUAUUAUUAGCAAGGAUAAUAUAUUUGGGCAGGUAACAGUGCGUUUCCACACUCGUCAACAGCUAGCCGUGUACGACCGUUUCGGACGUCUACUCCACGGCAGUGAAAUACUCGCUAAAGACGUUUUAGAAUAUAUCGUAUAUGAGAAACACCUUUCAAACAUGUAUGGAACAUGGCGAGUACAUGCCAAGAUUAUUCCUGACUGGGCACCUCCCAAAGAUCCUUCAAAGUUAACUAAAAUCAGACCAGAACCUGAACCUGAACCUACUAAGUUAUUAGAAAAACCAGAAGAAACCCCAGCAAUAGCUGAUAAGUAAAUUGUAAGAAAUUAAAUUAGUAUAAUAGA